GAGUAGCUUGGCUUUCUGUCCAUUUUGUUCGAGCUGCCAAAGCGCGCGGAAGCUGAAUGAUGCUGCGUCUGGUUGCUGGCUAUUAGACUAACUUUACCCUGACUCUUGAACCCAGAUAUUGAAAAUAGCACCUUCCAGUUCAUCUUGAUUCUUGAUGCAGAAUGACAGUGACCUGCGCGAAAUUGAACUCCACGUUGUGGAGUCUAUUAAUGACCUACAUCGCACCAGUUCCAGCCUUGAGGUCACCAAGCCUUACUCAGGUCAAUUCCUUUCAAGGCCCUCAACCAUCAUUAUUGCUCAGGAACCCUCUGCCAAUGGGCUGGUGACCAUUCCUUUGCUGGAACAGAGACAGUGUGAGCCAGCCUUCAGUCACUUGGCUGGGUCAGAAUCCCGAGACCGAUGUGAGUGCAGCUGCAUCUGCUGCCGGUACUCUUGCGGUGAUAAAAUUUUCUAUGCAGUAUUAAUCAUGCUUGGGUUGGUCAGCAUUGCCAUGGGUAUGCUCAGUGUGUACUAUAUCGAAAUAAUGCGCAAAGAGCUAGGGGAGAUUUCCCAUCGGUUGGAUUCCUUGAACCAGAGCAUGAAGCACAUGAAAUUUACAAGCCACACACACCAAGACCUGAUGAAUGUCACGGACAGCCUGGACACACUCAUCAAUAGUGCAUGAGCUAUGUUUCAAAGACUGGCUAUUUCUCUUGAAAACAUAAUCGUGAUGACAAGGGUUUUUUUCCCCUAAUGAAUACUUUACCAGAGCUGACCAUUAGCUAAGCAGAAACAUUAGGUGCCGGUCUAUCCAUCCCUGUCUGUCACAUGCUCUGACUGUGAGGUUGGCAAAUACAAACAAAGCCAGAAAGAAGACUCCAAGAAUUAGGACAGUGCUAGAAACGCUCGUCAGGUCUGGUAGUGUACGUGGAGACUGAAACAGGACUUAAUGCUUCUAUGACAAGGUCUAUGACUUCUCUUCAAAAGUGAUCAAUGUGUUGGCCAUGGGAAUACUGAAAUCAUUUGGGAUCUUAUCAGCAGCACUUCAGGAAACUUUUCAGGCAUCUAUGGAACAGAUUGGCUGGAUUGGAUCGAUUAUAUCAUGUGUGCGUUUAACUGCAGGUCCAAUUGCUUGUAUAUUCUGUGCAAAGAUAGGUGAGAGGCAAACUGGGAUUCUGGGGGCAGCCAUGGUAUCUACUGGAUUGUUCAUAAGUUCAUUCGUUGACAGAAUUGCCUUCCUCUAUGUCACACUUGGCUUAUUGGCAGGAUGCGGGUUUGCCUUCCUAUCCCAGGCUGCAGCUCUCAACACAACCAAGUACUUCCGCAGAAAGCUUACCACAGCUUGUGCCAUUUCCCGCUCUGGCACAGGACUCACUUUCGCCGUGGCGCCAUUCCUGCAAUAUCUUCUCAAUGAGUAUGGCUGGCGAGGUGCGAUAUUGAUUCUGUGUGGAUUAACACUGCAUCUGAUUCCAUUGGGAAUGCUGAAUCGUCCAAUUUAUUUGAAGCAAGACCAGCCUGAAGUCUGCGAUCGAAGGGAAUGUCACCAGCGACAGCUUCCUGAUGAUAAAAGGGAUGUGGUCGCUGCUGGAGUGUCAAGGGCACAGCUUCCUAUCAAUCGCCGUGUCAAACCUGUCAGAAGAUCUCUCUCAAGUCAGAGUGGACAGGAGGAGUCGAACUCUUUACAAAGGGAUCUGAAACAAGCUGUGGAGCCCAGUGCUGCCGAUGGAUUGUCGAUUUUACACCCUAAAGAGCUCUCCCUACUCCAGGAUCCUGUUUCAUUAAGACCAAUACAUUCGACUGCUCUACCUGGCUGUAAAGCCCAAAAUGGUGACUCAAAUCCAUUAGUAGCCACAGAUACCAUGCCAACAGACACAAGACACAAGGGCCUAUGUAGGGAAUUUGGUGCACAACUGAAGUCUGUUUCUGACAGUGUGAAAAAUCUCAUUGACUUUACUCUGUUGACAAACCCACUCUUUAUUAUUUAUACAAUUUGCACCUUUUUCAGCCAAUUGGCCUAUUUCAUACCAUAUUUCCAUGUGGUAGCCAAGGCUAAAGCUUUGGGCAUUGAACCAUUCCAAGCUACCUUACUCAUUUCAGUUGCUGGAAUCGUUGAGAUUGUGGCUCAGCUUAUCUCUGGCUAUGUCGCCGACCGUAACUUGAUAGCGAAGUAUCAUUACCACAAAAUCUACUUGCUGUUUUGUGGAGCUGUCAAUCUACUGGCACCCCUAGCAAAAACGUUCCCAUCACUAAUGGUGUACAUAGUGUUCCUCGCUAUGUUCUGUGGGGGUUAUCUGACUUUGUUGCUUCCAGUCCUGGUUGACUUUAUUGGAGUCCAUAGAAUACACAAAGGAAUGGGCCUUUACCAGUUCUUUGUGGGAAUUGGUUGUUUGAUAGGGCCACCAGCAGCAGGUGCUCUUCAUGACUACACCAAAAAUUACGAUGCUUCGUUCCAACUGGCAGGCUCCUGUUACUUUGUUUCAUUCUUAGUUUUAUUCUUUAUUCCACUGGCUGAGAGGAAACUGCGAAAAGAGACGAAGAAAGGAGUAAUAGAAGACUCCACUAACUUGGCGCUGGAAUGUAAUCGCCCUCUAUCUGUUGAGCAGUCACCAGUGAAGGAGUAUCUGGAAUUGGAAAGCAUGGUGUGAAUGUGACCCUGCUCUGCACUGCUUAUGUGAGUGUGGGCAUUGGGAGCACCAACGGGCUUUGCCAGUAGUGGUGCCUUCAGUUUGGAUUUAACAAGGGAGGAAAUGCGAAUGGAUGUCAGAUACUUGCACAUAUCACAUUGAGGAGAAACUGGAAAUUUGAUGGAUCAAUACGACUGAACUUUUUCUAGCAAUUCCAAGACAAUCAGCAUUGGAAGAAAGGAGCGCAGCACUUUACUUGAAAAUUCAUAUUGAAUACUAAAGAAUAAUUAUUUCAACAUAGCAAUAUUUAUGAUAUUUUCACUUUAUAGGUUUAGAAUAAGUGUAUUUAACAAUGGGCAACUGAGGGACUGAUGCAAGUGAAACCAUCAGUGUAAAGGAAGUUUUAAUGGAUCGGAAGUGACUGGAACCCUUUAAAGUUUAAAAUGAAAUCCAAUGUUACAGUUCGGCAAAUUGUAGAAUUAUUCUAGAAUGAAUACUGAGGAAAUCUUGAGACCAUAUCACUUCCUCACUCAUGAAGUAGCAAAGAUGAUAUAAAUUGGGGGAAAUGCAUAAGAACAAAGAAGACUUAGGUGAAACAGAGGGCGAGUGUAAUGCUGUCAUAGAAUGGAUGAUCAGUGAUUUCGAGUUCAAAUCUAUUUCUGUUAGGGUUGUAAUGCUGACUGGAGAUAUGAUAGACUGCAGUGUGCUCACUAAUUAAUAUGGCAUCUGUUCCUUUCCAUCCUUCCCUCUAUAUAGUGCCUUGGGACAAUUUUGUAUAUUAAAGUUGCUGUGUAAAGACAA